AUGGAGCUGUUGGAGAGGAUGUACGCGCAUGCCAAGGUGGUUCAUAGAGAGCUCAUGGCCGCCAAGCAUGCCGCUGAGACCGCUGCUAGUUGCAAGAGCCAGUUCCUCGCCACCGUCUCACAUGAGAUCCGCACUCCCCUCAAUGGCGUGCUGGGCAUGCUGUCGUUACUAAGGGACACGAGGCUAGACGCCGUGCAGCUGGACUAUGUGCAGACGGCUCGGUCCAGCGGGCGCGCACUCAUGGUUCUCAUUAACGAUGUGCUCGACUUCUCCAAGGUGGAGUGCGGUGGGAUGCGGUUGCCACUGGUACUGGGAUGGGGUGGGGUUCUUGCCAGAAGGAGCGUGGCAGCAGCACAGGUGAUAGAGGCGGACAAGAUGGAGAUAGAGCGCGUGCCGUUUGACCCGCGCGUGGAGGUGGACGAUGUGAUGGGCAUGUUCAGCGAGCGCGUGCGCGCCAAGCAAGUGCACCUCGCCUCGCUCGUCGCCCCCGCCGUGCCCGACAUGCUGCUGGGGGACCCGGGGCGCUUCCGCCAAGUGCUCGUGAACCUGAUAGGCAAUGCGACCAAGUUCACGGACAGAGGUCACAUUCUGGUCACCAUCCGCGUUAUAAGCUUCUCUGAGAACCUGGAUGAGACGCACGAGGAGAGCUUUGCAGGCAGGGCAAGGCAGGGGGCGGCGGGCAGGGGGCGCGGAGGGGCGUGGGGGGGAGGGCCCGGAGGGGAUGAGAGGGAGGGGAGGCGAGGGAUUGAAGAGAUAGAGGAAGAGGAGGAGGAAGAGGAGGAGGAGGAGGAGGAAGAGGAGGAUGAGCUUUUGAGGGAGUUGAGUUGGAGGGAGCGGGAUGGGAGGAGUAAGGAGGGAAUUGCUGGAGGAACGGGGGGUUUAGGAGGGGGAAUGGCAGGAGGGGGAAGCAACUAUGGGAGGGUUGUUGGGGGGAAGUGGGGGGGGGAGGGUGUGGUUGGAGGCCUGGCACACGGGGGAGGCCUGAUGGGUUCUGGGGGGAGGGGCAGCAGCGGCAGCGGUGGUUGGAGGAGUUUGGAGGGGGUUAGACGGGAGGAGAGGGGUGUGGGAGGAGUGGCGAGAGAAGGAGGGUACCGGAGGGGAAUGGAGAGGGAGAGGGAGCGGGAGAGGGAGAGGAUGAGGGAGAGAGAGAGGGAGAGGGAUGACUUGUGGGUUGUGAUUGGGGGGAGGAGGGUGUGUGAUACGCUGAGUGGUCUGCCUACGGCUAGUACUGCACACACAUGGGGGAGAAUGAAGGAGUGGGUAGAAGGGAAGGAGGGAGCGGUGGAGGAAGGAGAGGAGGGAGAGGAAGAGAGAGAGUUGGAGGGAGAGGGGGAAAGAGAGGAGGAGGGAGAGCAGGUGGAGCGAGGGUCGGGAAGGGAGAGGAGAGCGCGGCAGAGUGGGAGAGGGAGGGGAGGAGGGAGAGGAGAGAGGGAACGACACAGCCAGGAGGGGAUGGGAGGGCAGAAUGGGUAUGAGGAAGGGGAGGAGGAGGGGGAGAAGGAGGAGGAAGGGGAGAGGGAGAGGAGGAGGGAGGUGAAAGGUGCUCGUCGGAUCAGACUGGCUGUUGCAGUGGAGGACACUGGCGUGGGUGAGUGCAACAGGGGGAUCUCAGCGAUGUGGUGCAAUCAUACGCGGAUGCAUGCAGGCGCACAGAGAGCAGGGCAUAUGCCCCCUCUGCCUCCUCUCUCCUCUCUGUUCCCAACAGGCAUAGCACCGGACGUGCAUGUGCGCAUAUUCCAGCCGUGGAUGCAGGCAGACAGCAGCACCAGCAGGCGGGCAGGCGGCACCGGCAUCGGCCUCACCAUCUCACAGCGCCUCGUCAGUCCCUCCCCUCUCGCCCUCCCUCUCGCCCUCCCUUUCGCGCUCCCUCUCUCUCCCUCCCUUCCUCUCGCCCUCCCUCUCGCCCACCUCUGUAGCAUUUUCCAUUCCCAUUGCCCUCCCCUCCACACUCCCCCCUCCCUCCCACCCUACCGUCAUUUUCCUCCCUUGCGGCAAGUCUGUGUGCUUCCCUGCCUGCCUCUCCUUAUCACCCGCCUUCGAACAGUCACCAGCCUGUCUUCUGUUCGCUUCCAUCUCGCGUCAUCUACCCCUCUCGUCUACCCCCUCCCAUUCCCCCUCAACGUUCUCUUCUCCCCUCUCUUUCCCUCUUCUCCCCUUUUUUUUGUCCUCCCCUCUCAUCCCCUCUUCCCCCUCUUUCUCAAUUCCCCUCCCCCGUCGUUCUACCCUCCUCCCUGUUCCAUCCGUCCCUCCUCCUCCCUCUCCUCCCUCCCCUCCCUCUCCCGCCUUCCCUCCUUUGCGCAUCGCGAUUCGCAUCCCCCCUCCUGCCCUUCUACCCCCCCACGGCAGGUCUCCCUAAUGGGCGGUUCGCUGGGGCUCAAGUCAACAGUAGCCGUGGGCAGCACCUUCUAUUUCGACCUCUUCCUGCACGCCCCCACCUCCACCGUCGCGCCCUUCAUUGCAGCCUCCUCCUCCUCCGCCUCUCUCUUCCACCAGCCCGCCCCCGCUUCCGUGCAAUCCCUCUCAGCAACAGCGGCAGGAGCCGCAGGAGCCGCAGCCGCAGCAGGAGUAGCAGCAGGAGCAGCAGCAGCAGCAGCAGCAGCAGCAGCAGCAGGAGGCGCAGGAGCGAUCCCCCCUGUACCACCCUCCUCUGCCGCGCCUCCCUCCGCUUCCCCUUUCCCAAUCCUCCCUCUCCCAGCAGACCUCACAGACCUUCCCUUCCUGCAGCGGCUCAAAGGGCUACACGCCUUGGUGGUGGAUGCAAACCGGGUGCAGAGAGCCGUGCUGCAAGCACAUUUGGUCCCCAUCCGCUCCAACCGUCUCUUCACACGCUGCCCCGUCGUCCUAGUAGUCGCCCGCACCGGUCCCGAAAUAGAAGGCGUAGCAGCAGCAGCAGGCGUGGCAGUGCUGCUGCUGAAGCCGCUGAGGAGAGCGUCGGUGGGAGCAGCGUUGGUGCAGGCGCUGGGGCUGUCUCGGCUGGAUUCGUCGCAUGUGGCGAACCCGGGGGUGCCCGUGGGGGCGACUGUUGCGGAGAAACUGCAGCAGAUGAUGCGGGGGAAGCGGAUUCUGUGUGUUGAUGACAACAUGGUGAACCUGAGGGUGGCGUGCAAGAUGCUGUCCAAGUACGGUGUAUCCACCGCCACCGCCUCCAGUGGCCAGCGCGCGCUACAGCUGCUACAGCCGCCGCACCAGUUUGACCUGGUCUUCAUGGACCUGCAGAUGCCUGAGAUGGACGGGUACGAGACAUGUCGCAGAGGGAGGCAGCUGGAGGAGCAGCACAAAUCCCGACGUGUGCCUAUCGUUGCCUUGACAGCGGACGUGCUGAAGGGCACCAAGGAGAAGUGCAGUCAAGCGGGCAUGGAUGGGUACAUCACAAAGCCCAUUGACCCCAACGACCUCUACACCAUGAUGCUCCGGUUCUUCCAUGCCAGACCCACAUGA